AGCGAGACAAAAAUAUAUUAUUUCAAUAUUCAGUUUUGGACAAGUGAUAGUGUCCCUACACAAACAUCUUGUGGUCGUAGAAGGUAUAGGCCAACAACACAAUCAGCACUCAAAGAUUCAUGAGAUUGGAUAAGUUCUUUCUGGGUCCCAAAUCCUCUCAAAUCUCACUUGAAAAGAAGAAGAAAAAUCCACUUUCUUAAACAAAUCUUAUUAGUUUAGUCCCCACUCAGUAAUACAAAUGAGGAAUCAUCUCAAGCUAUAAAUUAGACCACUUUGAAUUCUCCAUAACUUAAGAAACUAUUAGCAAACAAAGCCAAGCAAAACAGAGAGAAAGGACUUUGUUUUAAAGCUUUUUCAAAGAGUGAAAAAAAUGUCUGCAAAUGAAUUACCUUCUUCAGCUCAAGCCUUCCAAGAACAACUCCUUGGCGGUUUUGUCUCUAGAAAACUGCUUAUGCACAAUCUAUUUGACCACAACACUCUACGAGCCCUUGCGGUGCCGCCAUCUCCUCCUGUCACCCAUGAGAACAACCUCAGUGAGACUGUGCUGAUGCUUCUCUCAGUCCUCAUAUGUGGAAUCAUCUGCUGCCUCGUGUUACAUUACAUCAUUCGUUGCGCAUUUAGAAGCUGCUCAAGUUUCAUGAUCUCCGAUUCUACCUCUAUUUUUUUAACACCACACAGUUCAUCAAACAAAGGAAUCAAGAAGAAAGCUCUAAAAAUGUUCCCUGUCGUGAGUUACACACAUGAGAUGAACCUGUCUGGGAUUGGUGAAGAAUGUGUUAUCUGUCUGUCAGAUUUUGUUUGCGAUGAAAAGCUUAGGCUGCUCCCUAAGUGCAACCACGGGUUCCAUGUUCGUUGCAUUGACAAGUGGCUUCAACAACAUUUGACUUGUCCGAAAUGCAGACACUGUCUGGUUGAGACAUGCCAAAAGAUCUUAGGCGACUCUAGUCAAGCUGAUCAAGUGACAGAAACAGCAUCAACAGAAAGCGUAUUUGUCAGGAUUUCUCCUCUAGAACCUGAAGGAAGAGUAAACACUUUUAGAGAAAGCAGCUAAAGGCUCAUGAAUGAAUCCAUCAUAAAUUCAGAACAUGUGCUUAAAUUAGAUAGAAGAUUUUAGAUCUAAGUAAAAAACAUGUAUAUACGUUACCAUAAGAAAAAGAAAAAAACAGAUUACUUUCAAUCUUUUAUGUCUUAUUUUUUAAAAUACAUUUCAGUUUUCAGUAGCAUCUCGCUGAGUUCAUCAAA